AUGCCGAAAAGCUUAGAGAAGACUCGCAAGAAGAUUGCGAAGAAGAGGGUCAAUAUCACUGCCCUUCAUGAGAACUCGCGCGACUCGCAACGGUUGCGAAGGGCGCAGAUGAGAGAUGAUAGAUUAGCUCGAGUCGCAUCAGCACGCAAGAAGGGCGAUCAACCUUUAAUUGUCCGCGCAGCGUUCUUCCGAGAGGUUGUUCGAGAGAAUGAUGGGAACCCGCUCGAACUCCCCGCGAUACACUCCCAUAUCGAAACUUUCGUACACCAACACGAUGAGGAAUUUAGCGCCUUGAAGAAAGAACGGCGAGCUGGCAGGCCGGCAAGUACCCGAGAAGACAUUCUAAGGACGAAAAUUGCCGUGGACGAGAAGGAAUACGAGAAUGGAUUCUAUCUACCAGAUCUUACAGAUGCCGAUAACGUAGUUUUCUUGCAGAGAUGGGAUGGGGACUGGUCUUACCUUUCUACGCUCAAAUGGGUUUGGAUAUCGAAGGCUGGGAUAGUAAAGCCUGCCAAAUUCCCACCGAAAGGACAAUCGUGA